AAACCAAUAAGGUUAGAACAAGAGAAUAGCUGUGGUUUGCGUUGCAAAAACAAAAAAAGCCCCGAGGCUCCACGGGCAGACCUACAAGGCUGCGCAAACAAAUCGAGGGAUGAGAUUCUGCUGUUUCUUUGUCUAGGGUUCUCAGAUGCUAUCUGCUGCUGCUGUUUGGUGGGGAAAGAGCGCGGGGCUCAAAGCGGUCACUAAACAGAACGGUGGGAGCUGAUGGCUCCGAGUUUGGGGCGAGGUAGAAACUCUGCAGUGCCACUUCCGACUUUAAGCCUUCCUGUUGCCGUCCACUGUGGCGGUUUUCGUUCUGGGGAAAGCGUUUUCGCUCAGUCGCUCGGCAGCCCGAGCCUGCAGCAGCGGCCAGGCGGCUGUCCCCGCGGCCGGGCUUCCCCCUCCAGAGGCGCCCCGCUUCCAGCAGCGCCGAGCUCCACUGGGAGCGCCUAAAAGCCCUCACGCGUCCUUAUCCAGGAGCAAAACUGCGUAAGGAAUGGAGGUCUGCUAAACCAGAAAAUUCGAAGGAGCACAUUAAACUGGUGGAUGCAGCAGAUGUAAGCGCUGUGCAGACAUCUCAAACCAGUUCAGAUGUUGCUGUUUCCUCAAGUUGCAGGUCUAUGGAAAUGCAGGAUCUAACCAGCCCGCAUAGCCGUCUGAGUGGUAGUAGUGAACCCCCCAGUGGUCCCAAACUCGAUAACUCUCAUAGAAAUAGUAAUUCCAUGACUCCCAAUGGCACCGAAGUUAAAACAGAGCCAAUGAGCAGCAGUGAAAUAGUUUCAACAACAGCAGACGGGUCUUUAGACAAUUUCUCAGGUUCAGCAAUUGGGAGCAGUAGCUUCAGCCCAAGACCAGCUCACCAGUUCUCCCCACCACAGAUUUAUCCUUCCAACAGACCAUACCCACAUAUUCUCCCUACCCCUUCCUCACAAACUAUGGCUGCAUAUGGGCAAACACAGUUUACCACAGGAAUGCAACAAGCUACGGCGUACGCCACAUACCCACAGCCGGGACAGCCAUACGGAAUUUCCUCGUACGGUGCAUUGUGGGCAGGCAUCAAGACUGAAGGUGGAUUGUCACAGUCUCAGUCACCUGGACAGACAGGAUUUCUCAGCUACGGCACAAGCUUCGGUACCCCUCAACCCGGACAGGCACCGUACAGCUACCAGAUGCAAGGUAGCAGUUUUACAACAUCAUCAGGAUUAUAUACAGGAAAUAAUUCACUCACAAAUUCCUCUGGAUUUAACAGUUCACAGCAGGACUAUCCAUCUUAUCCGAGUUUUGGCCAGGGUCAGUACGCACAGUAUUACAAUAGCUCACCGUAUCCAGCCCAUUAUAUGACAAGCAGCAGCACCAGUCCGACCACGCCGUCCACAAAUGCCACUUACCAGCUUCAAGAGCCACCAUCUGGCAUCACCAGCCAAGCAGUUACAGAUCCUGCAGCAGAGUACAGUACAAUCCACAGCCCAUCAACACCCAUUAAAGACUCAGAUUCUGAUCGAUUGCGUCGAGGUUCAGAUGGGAAGUCACGUGGACGGGGCCGAAGAAACAAUAAUCCUUCACCUCCCCCAGAUUCUGAUCUUGAGAGGGUGUUCAUCUGGGACUUGGACGAGACAAUCAUCGUUUUCCAUUCCUUGCUUACUGGGUCCUACGCCAACAGAUAUGGGAGGGAUCCACCUACAUCAGUUUCCCUUGGACUACGAAUGGAAGAAAUGAUUUUCAACUUGGCAGACACACAUCUGUUUUUCAAUGACUUAGAAGAAUGUGACCAAGUUCAUAUAGAUGAUGUGUCUUCAGAUGAUAAUGGGCAAGACCUAAGCACAUAUAACUUCGGAGCAGAUGGCUUUCCUGCUGCAGCCACCAGUGCUAAUUUAUGUUUGGCAACCGGUGUGCGGGGUGGUGUAGACUGGAUGAGAAAAUUGGCUUUCCGCUACAGACGAGUAAAAGAGAUCUACAAUACCUACAAAAAUAACGUUGGAGGCCUGCUUGGUCCAGCCAAGAGGGAAGCCUGGCUGCAGCUGAGGGCUGAGAUUGAAGCCCUGACGGACUCCUGGUUGACACUGGCUCUGAAAGCACUCACGCUCAUUCACUCCCGGACGAAUUGUGUGAAUAUUUUAGUCACAACUACUCAGCUUAUCCCAGCGUUGGCGAAAGUCCUGCUAUAUGGAUUAGGGAUUGUAUUUCCAAUAGAAAAUAUUUACAGUGCAACAAAAAUAGGAAAGGAAAGCUGUUUUGAGAGGAUAAUUCAAAGGUUUGGAAGAAAAGUGGUGUACGUCGUUAUAGGAGAUGGUGUGGAAGAAGAGCAAGGAGCAAAAAAGCACGCCAUGCCCUUCUGGAGGAUCUCCAGUCACUCGGACCUCAUGGCCCUCCAUCAUGCCUUGGAACUGGAGUACCUGUAACAGCCACGUAGCACUUUGGAACCGCACAACUGCCCUGUGACCGGGAACAAAUCCAGCAAGCCUGAGUCCUGUGUCAGCGCUGGAGUAUCCACCGUAGUGAUUUCAACAUGUGGAUGCACAGCUGCUGGGGGUCUUCACCUCUGCCCUUGCGGUAAAUGAAGGACCACACCUAUCUCUUCAGAACAGCUGUUGACUCUAGUACUGUGAAUCCAGUGAAAAUAAGCCAUGAGAAUGUUCUAGUACAGUGUGAUGUGUCUUUACCACAUUCACUACAUGGUUCAAACCUGUGAAGAAAGGACCUGCAGACGCUUACAUUGUUAGCAUCUUCAAUGUGACAUAAACAGCUUCUCCGGUACAGCAAACUUGAUUGCACAACAAAGACUGAAAUGUGUUUCCCCGAAUACCAGUGAGGGGAUUUUCUUGUAAAGAAAGUUUACUUUUUUUGGUGUCUCAUACCCAGGGUAAUCUGUACAUCUCUACUUAUUUAUGAACAGACUUUUUAAAAACAGCUUUAAUUGAGGUAUGAUUCCAGCACCCUGCAAUUCACUCAGACUUUUUUGACAUCAAUCAAUUGAAGAGACGAUAGCAUCAUAAGAAGCGAUUAAAGGCCUUUGCCUCACGACACAGCAAGUACUUUGAAUCUUAGCACAUUGCAGAGUAAAGUAUGUCUAAUUUAAACGUGUAAUAUGUACAUCACUGAGACAAUCAUGUACAGAGAAUUUUGGGUGUAAAUUUGUAAUAAUGGAUGAUUCUUUUACAUAUUGUUUAGAAAAUGAUAUUGAAAGGUAGCAAUGCCUUGAUAGUGAAGUAUGAGGCCAUGUGUGCACAAAGUCAUGUGCAGUGCCUUAUCAAAGUACUGGGUAUAAAUAUGUAGAUAAUGGAGUUGGUUUUUGUUUUGUUUUGUUUUUUUAGAUAAUGUUGUCAAGACCAAAAGCAUGGAUGUUAAUAGAAUUGUUUUCCAAAUUAUUUGUCCCAUCGGUUUUUUG